UAUCAUUCGAGACAUAGUAAAAAAAGCGUCCGGGCAAGGUGAUUGUGUGAAUGGUUUUUGUUUUUAGAUAAACGUUGAUAAGAUACGUAGUAUGUGUGUGUUUUAUUACAGUCACUUUAUCGGUUGCAAAUAUUUCAUUGAAUGAAAACAAAUUCAAAAGAUAAAGAAAAUUCGAUUGAGUUCUGUGAAAAUCCAAAUCCGAAAAUAUUUUUUUUAUGACAACUUUAUUCGUAUACUAACAACUUCCGCGAACAGUUAUUUCUUCAACAAAUUGCCAACAAACAGUCAAAAAAUUAUGAAUAAAAUCACAAAUGACUUUAAUACUAGUUCGAAUUUCGAACCGCAAUUUAUUUCACCAAGUUCGAAUGGUGACUGGGGACGCAAUGCAAAGCUGUCAUAUUGUGAAUAUAUGCAAAAGAACAAGCCACAGUCGAAUUCAGUAGCUGGAGGACUACUCGUAUUGGGCGCUGGUGGGUAUCACAUAGGAUGGUUGCUGUGGAACGUAUUUAAACCUCAUUUCAGCACGACAACGCUUUUCUUUCAAUUUUCUUGUUGGUAUUUCGGUAGCAUUAUCGGUAACAUUUUAGGAGCAGUGAUUGUAACAAAAUGGCAAAAAAAGAAUGUCUACUACGCAUGUGGCACCAUAUCAAUAAUUGGAAGUAUAAUUUUUGUCGCUUGGUUCCACAUCGAUUGGCUACUGGCAGUAGGACGUUUUGUUUCUGGAUUGGGCCAUGGUAUUGCUUAUGUGGCAACCAUAACACACGGUGCCGAGAAUGUCAUAAAAGAGAUGCGUGGACGGUUAAUUUCAUCCGUAAACGUUAUGAUUUAUUCAUCCGUUUUUACGCUUGCUAUUGUAAUGAUGUUCACUUCACUUCCUGGAGGCAUACGCACCGAACAAAUGGUUGGAUUAUUGGCGAUAUCAUUUGCUAUUAUGGGUGUACUAUUUACACCAUGUUUGACCUACGAAUCGGUCACGUUUUUGUUAUAUCGAAAUAAUGAUCGGCAGGCCGCUGAAAAUAUGAAGAAAUUGCGGAAUGAAUCGGAGGUUACAUGGACCAUCAGCAAUGAUUUACAAGAAAUGAAAUUAAUGGUCACGGAGGAUCGCAUGAAAAGUCCAAAUAUAACCAAAGACAGUAACACGAGACCGUUACUUUUGAUGAUGGCAUGUAGUUGCGUGGCCGUUUUAACAAGUAACAUAAUCUUGAACACACAUUUGAUUCAAAUUACCAUGACAUCGUUUAUGCCUAAUUGGCAACCGGAUUCGGAAACUCCAGACAGCGCUUUCAUAGCUGCGGUGAUUCUCGUCACAUUUCGCUUUUCUGCUGGAAUGAUAAUGAUCUUAUUCGGCGACUCUUUCAGCCGUAAGAAAUGCCUUUGGCUAUCGGCCGGCCUAUCAAUGGUGUGUCUAUUAAUAACGCAGAUACUUUCGUCAUUUGUAUUGAACUAUUCGAACGGAGUUAAUUGGAUACCGGGAGCAUUCGCGGUGGCAUUUCAAUUAUUUGUUGGUGUUGGCGUUGAAUCCAUACAGCAUGUUUUAACGUCCGAAGCAUUUUCGACGGCGAAAAAGUAUUGGUCAAUAGCUUGCGUUGCUAUAAGUGAUAGCAUAAUUCAAAUUGCAAUCAUUGGCCUUUGUUUUAUCGAAAGCAGUUUAUUUUUGGCAAUAUUCGUUUAUUGCUCCAUAGUCAUCGUGGCACUGCUGACUGUACUUUUAUAUAUCAAACUUCCAGAGACAAGGGGAAUUUCUUUAAGGCAGGCUAGGAAUGAGUUUACUAAGACGUCUAACAUACCGGAAGGUAUAACUUAUUCGUAGAUGCGUGGAUGCGAUCUCAGAUCGGAUUCAAAUUCGAGCCGUAUGUUCAAUGAAUGCGCGUGUGAUUUACAGGACAGAUUUUUCGUCAGUCCUUACUUAACGAUCUUGUGGCACUUAAAUUGUUAAAUUCAAAAUUAUAUGCGGCCCGGAGAAUUUUUUAUAAUAAACCCUUUGGCGGACCGUU